AUAUGAGCGAGAAAACCUAAGAAAGUGUUGGAAAGAACUUGACACUCUUGAAGAACAGAUACAAAAAGAGAGGGAUGAAAUAGAGCAAAUAAAAACCAAGCUGUUAACAGACAAACUGCUCAUUGACCAAAAGAACAUAGAAAUGAAUUACCAAAAGCAAAUUCUGGAGGACAGUUUUAUUGAAAUAGAAAGAGAUAGAACAAGUCUGGAAAAGAUGAAAUUGGAGCUCGAUUUGCAGAUAAAAGACAUUGAGGAAACCAAAGCCAUUCUCGAGAAAGAGAAAAAUGAUCUCAAAAAGACCAAGAUGAAUUUGGAGGGAAGAGAGAUGGAAUUGCACUUGCAGAUACAAGAAACUGAAAAAACUGCCAGGGAGAAGAUAAAGAAAGAGAGAGAAGAACUUGAUCAGUUAAUGAAAGAUAUUACCGUCCAGAAACAUGAGCUUGAAGAGCAAAUGUCUUUAAACAACAAAUUAAAAAAUGAACUAGAGGAAAUGAGGGUGAAACUAAAUUUGGAACAAGAAGCCAUCAGUCUUGACAAACAAGAGAUAGAGAAUGAGAGGAACAAAUUUGACCAAGAGAAAAACAAUCAUGAAAUGAUAAAGCUGGAUUUGGAGGAAAGAGAGAUGGAACUGCAACUAAAAAUCAAAAGCCAAUUGGAAAAAGAAGACAUUAAUAAAUUGGCAAUGGAAGAACAGCAGAACACAUUGGAAAAAGAAAUGAGUGAAAUCAACCAGCAAAAAGAAGAGGUCAAAUAUAAAGAAAAAGAUUUACUGAAAAGUUGGAAAGAACUUAACACUCUUAAAGAACAGAUACGGAAAGAGAGGGAUGAAAUGGAAAAAAAAAUAAAUAAGUUGUUAACUGACAAAUUGAUACUUGACCAGAGGGAGAAAGAAAUUAAUGAAAACAAGCAAAAUCUAGAGGACAGUUCACUAGAAAUCAAAAGUGAAAGAACAAGUCUGGAAAAGAUGAAAAUGGAACUUGAUUUGCAGAUACAAGAAAUGGAAAACAUUGUCAGGGCCAAGAUAAACAAAGAAAGAGAAGAUCUUGAUCAGUCCAUUACCUUGCAGAAGAAUGAACUAGAAGAAAUGCAGGUGAAGCUGAAUGUGGAACAAGAAGCCGUCGGUCUUGAAAAGCAAAAGAUACAGAAAGAGAGGAACAAGUUUGAACAAUCAAAAGCAUCCAUGCAGAGUGAAAUGCAGGACAUGAAGAAUACUUUAGAAAAAGCCAUGAUGGAAAAAAAAAAUCUGGAUGAAAUUAAGACAAGAUUAGCACAGGAAAAAGAACAAUGUAGGAUGAUUGUUGAAGAAACAAACCAGCAUAAGAAUGCCUUGGAGAAGAUGUCUGCUGAAUUAGAAAUGCAAAAGCAAGUCAAUGAGAUAUACAAAGCACUUCUUGAACAAGAGAAAAAUGAUCUUGAAAAGAAAAAGUUGGAUUUGGAAGGAAGAGAGAUGGAAUUUCAAUUGAAAAUCAGAAGUCAGUUGGAAAAAGAAGAAAGUGACAAACUGGCAAUGGAAGAACAGCGAAACACCUUGGGAAAAGAAAGGAGUAAAAUCAACCAACAAAUAGAUGAGAUUGAAAAUGAGAGAGAAAAGCUACUAAAGAGUUGGAAAGAACUUGACAAUCUUAAAGAACAGAUAGAAAGAGAGAAGAAUGAAAUAGAAGAAUUGAAAACCAAUGUGUUAAAAGACAAACUGCUUCUUGAGCAAAAAGAAACAGAAAUUAAUCAACAAAACCAAAUUUUGGGUCAACGUUUGAAUGAAAUAGAAAGCGAUAGAACACGCCUGGAAGAUAUGAAUUUGAAACUUGAUUUGCAGAGGCAAGAUAUUGAGGAAACCAAAGCCAUUCUCGAGAAAGAGAAAAAUGAUCUUGAAAAGAACAAGAUGAAUUUGAAGGGAAGAGAGAUGGAAUUGCAACUGCAGAUACAAGAAUUGGAAAAUCUAGAUAAACUUAAGAUGAGAUUAUUACAUGAAAGAGAACAAUGUAGGAUCAUUGUUGAAGAAACAAAUGAACAGAAAAUGCCUUGGAAAAGAUGGCUGUUGACCUUGACAUGCAAAAGAUAG